UUGUACGACAGUGUCGCGAAUCAUCGCAACGUAACCCUUUAUGGCCCAUGGCAACUAUCUUGCGACAGGAAUUUUUACUCGCGUGGGGGGCCAACAGUUAUGGGCAACAUGGGCAGGGACAUGAGGAGGACCAGGCAGUCCCACGCCUCUCGAACAAGAUUGCUCUGCAUGGAAGGACGGUCCAGGCUGUUUGCGGUGGCGGGGGACACACGGUGGUUGUCACUGACGAUGGAGAGGCGUUUGUGUGUGGGCAAAAUCACAGAGGCCAGCUUGGACUCGGCCACACUGCCAGCUGCUCAACACUUCAGCACUGCUCUGGCCUGAAUCAGAGGGUCACAAAUGUUGCCUGUGGCUGGGACUUUACUCUUCUUCUUACUGAUUGCGGUAAGCUAUUAGCGUGUGGCUCUAAUGUGUUUGGACAGCUGGGUAUUGGUCCGAUGACUUCACGCUCUGCAGAACUGGUGCUCAUUGAGGGUUUGAAGGAGCGUGUGGUGAACGUAGCAGCAGGUCUCCGGCACGCUCUUGCAAUCACAGACUCAGGAUGCGUCUACCAGUGGGGGACAGGUCUUCAUAGCCUUGCCAAGAAAGCACUGAGUCCCGACCCUGUUCCGUCACACCUCAACUCCAAGGUUCCUUCUCUGGUACCAGGUUUGGAUCAGAAGAUUUCUCGUGUUGUCACUGCAGGCUCAGCACACUGUGGGUGCCUUACAGGAGACGGUGAUUUAUUUCUGUGGGGAAGCAACAAGCACGGCCAGCUGACGGCCACCGAGCCCUUUCUGUCUACGCCCGCUCCGCUCGAGCGCUCACUAUUGAAUGGAGAGAAAAUUGUAAAUGUGUGGAGCGGUUGGACUCACAUUGUCGCUCAAACAGAGACUGGGAGAGUGGUCACUUGGGGCAGAGGGAAUUACGGACAACUGGGCCGACCCCCGCCCAAAGGCCCAAAUCCUGAGCACCAAUCAGCAAACAGUGGCGGGCAGACUUUCUUGCCUGCUGAGGUGAAUGUCCUCUACGGAGCAACACAGAUUGCCUGUGGAUCUGAACAUAACCUUGCCAUUGUAGAUGCUGAGAAGGCAGACCAGGGAACGGGAGGUGCUCAAGUCAACCUCACGUAACUCCCUUCCUCCACCACGCUCCCCUCGUUCAUUGUAGCCGUCUUGAGCGCAGCGGCGGCGGGAGCAAUGAAAUAGCAAAACAGGAUUGGAAAUAGAGACCUGAGUGCUGCUAUUUCUGGUGCUCAAGUAGGUCAGGCGGAAAGCAACCAAGAGCAUAGCAUAUCUGUUGCCGGCUCUGCACCUGAGGAAGUGCCCCUCCCCACCGAUGAGAUUCAUGGUCAAGGGUGCGAGAGUGUCCGAAGGUGCUCUUCAUCCAAUCUGAGAAAAGAUUUUAGUUUAUGACAAAAUAUGGUUCACAUGUCCUAAAAUAGAACAAGAAGUCAUCCCAAACGGUACAAGUGUUAAUUAGUUGACAUAUAGGCGGCCGAACGGGAAAAAUCAUUAUCAACAGGAUGCGUUGAAAAGGAAAUUGCAUUUGGUCUUAGCAUCUUGAUCUCGAUCCUUUUUUUGUUGCGCAGAAAGUGCAGCACUUUGUUACCAUGGAAACACUUAUGUGUGCUAUGCUCCUGUCAGUGAGUCCAUGAAUAAAGCACGGCGCCCAAAUAGCGCUCUCACCUCCGCUGAGCACAGGCCUGAAACUGAAACUGAAAAUUCACUUCGGGAUGAACACUUGUUACUGGAUCCCGAAUAGCGAUUUGGAGGUAAACGUUAUUUUCGGCACAUGUCUGUUGGUAGCCCUUGCUAGCUGGCAGAGUGUCACACUUGACAUAAGCUUGCUGGCAUGACAUCUUGGUGUGCUCGCCGGCAAACGCAUAUGUUUGGCUGUGCGUGUUCAAAUCUUUUGACGCCGAGCGAGAGAGGACGGACGGACGGACGGACGGACAAACAAAGCAUGAAAGACAUGACAGCCAGAUUGGGAGAGCUCAAGGAUGUGUUACCCUCGCUUCUGUUGCCAUGGUGAUGGAGCCUAUUAGGUAACAGUGUUGCCAUGGCACGUGUCUCCUCGGUGAUGCAGCCCCGACCACACCCACUAACAAACCGUCCAGCUGUGAUGAGCGGGGAGGCUAACUGGUUGUCAGCAUGUGUGUGUGUUUUGUUUUCUGAUUUCUCUUCGUCUUUGCAACUCUGCUUCAUCCGCCCCCAGGCUGUUAAGAUUAGCUCAGGCGUUGCUACACUGACCCCCCCGAUCCGUCUGCU